UUCACUCGCAAUGCCAUGCAACAUUCGAGGUAUACCAUCACUUCUUGUUCAUAAUAGCAAAGAUAAAACAUAAGACAUAAGUCCAGUAUCCAGAGAUAUCGCUCAUCGUUUCGCAAAUGUCUUUGCGAACCUCACGAUGGGGAUGCCGUGACUUUCUUUCGUUGCGGCUGAACGCGCAGUCUUCAUUACUUCUCAAGGGAUCACACAUUCAAUACCGUUUCAUGACGGAAAUGAGACAGAUGAAGAAAAAUAAAUAUAUGCAAAAGCUGGCUUUGAGGAAAGAAAGGCGAGCUCUCAAGGCAGGCUACAGGUCGUUCACGGGCAAAGAAAUCAGGCGUCUCAACCGCAAACAUGACGCAGAGUUUAGUCAUCGAAAAGCAAUGGAAGAAGCGGUUGCAAAAUUGUACGCCCCUGAAGAAGGCGGCUCGAGUUCCGCCAGUGAAUCCCAAAGGGACCUGACUCUCGAUGCGCAGGCGGAAAUGCUUGGUUUCAAUGAGACCAAACCACGUGAACCGAAGAAGCCCACCAGAGCACAAUUGCGUCAAGAGCAAGAGCUCCGAGACGCAGUUCGUGAAGAGAAAAAGCUGGAGCAACACCUCAAAAGAGCGAUAAAACUUAACGAUAAGUAUCCAGCUCGAAAGACCGACGCCGAUGGCAUCGAUUCGGCACCAACCUCAGAAGAAGUCAUCCCCAAUCGCCACUCGAAUCCUAAUGCAGCCGCAAAGAAAUCGCAGCCGGGCAGUGCCACCCAUGAGCCGGCCAAAGUAAUCGCCACACAGCAUGUGGGCCCAAAUUCAAAAAGUGCUAUCAAUGGAAAAUUGUCCCCCCCCGCGAUCGCUACACAGCACGCAGACUCAAGUCCAAAUACAGGUAUUGUGAAGGAGAAGUCCGCUCAAAUGAAUUUGCGUGAAUCGAAAAUAUUAGCUAGAGCGAACAGAAGCCAAGAGGGGAGACCAGCUACAGCAAGCGGGCGGGAAGAGGAAAGGCCAGAUGGGAAGAUAGCUGAAGAGAGAGGCCCGGAAAGCAGCGAGUCAAUAUCCAAGGAAGUCUUCGCGAAGUACCAAACCCCUGUCCAGCAAGCCGCCGUUCGGCAACCGCCAAUAAUCGUCUCAGCCGUGACAGAGACGCACGAGAGCCACAUUCCAAAGCCAGCCCCCACGAAGGUCGUCUUUUCCGGAAUCCAGCCAACUGGUAUUCCGCAUCUGGGGAAUUACUUGGGCGCGCUCCGUGGUUGGACUAAACUCCAAGAUGAAGCAGAUGCCAAUACAAGGCUGAUAUUCUCAUUGGUGGACCUGCAUGCCAUCACCAUUCAACAAGACCCCAAACAGUUGCGGCAAUGGAGAAGGGAAUCCUUCGCAAUGCUUGCGGCGAUCGGACUGGAUAUACAGAAAUCCACCAUAUUCCAUCAGAGCGAUGUUCCCGCUCACUCGGAGCUGAUGUGGAUUCUCUCAUGUCAAGCGUCGAUGGGAUACUUGGGACGCAUGACUCAGUGGAAGGACAAGACCCAGAACGAGGCUGCCGACAGCGGCAAGCUCAAGUUGGGCCUCUUCUCAUAUCCAGUCCUACAAGCUGCCGAUAUUCUAGUGCAUGGAACCACCCAUGUUCCAGUUGGCGAGGAUCAGUCUCAACACCUCGAAUUCGCCCGCGAACUCGCCAACGGCUUCAACCAUCUCGCCAAGAAACCCAUCCUCAUCCCUCCCACCACCAUCAUCAGUCCCGCAAAACGCGUCCGAUCUCUGACCGACCCAUCCCUCAAAAUGUCCAAAAGCUUCCCGAACCCCAAAUCCCGCAUUCUCCUCACCGACGACGAGGCCACCAUCGGUGCUAAAAUUCGCUCUGCAGUGACCGAUUCGCAAACAGGCGUCACAUACGAUCCAGACACACGUCCGGGGGUCAGCAAUCUCGUCGAUCUCCUGUACUAUGCGGAUCCCGAGUUCCAGCCUGUCGAAGAUGAACAUGCCGCUAAGGUCGCCCUCGCGGCGGACAUACAGAACUUGUCCAUGAAGGAUUUCAAGACCCGCGUGGCGGAUGUCUUGGACGCGAUGAUCUGUCCGAUCCGCGAGAGAUAUGCUGCGGCGAUGGCGAAGUCGAAGGAGGAAGUCGAGACGGAUGCACAGGUCGGAGCGGCGAAGGCUAGGCAGAGCGCGGAUGUGGUGUUGAAGAAGGUCAAGAGGGCGAUUGGGCUUUGUUGAUGAGGCGGAAAUAUAGGCUUUUUCAUAUAAAGGGAAGACGGGAGUAUCUUGCAUUGUAGAUGUAUUACAUAAUUUUCUGUGUAAAUCACUAACGUCAAACACCAGAGCGCGGUCCACCCCACGGCGUGGUCCACGAAUUACGUGUCUACCACCUUUAACACUGAUUA